GUUAUCCUGUAGCGUGUACGAGGAUGAAGCAAAUAGUAACCAAUCAAACUGUGAAAAUACCUAAAGGAUUGACCGUUACGGUCAAGUCCCGGUUAGUUAUUGUUAAAGGACCAAGAGGUAUUCUUAAACGAUCUUUCAAACACCUUGCACUUGAUAUUCGUAUGGUAAGUCCAAGGUUAUUGAAAGUGGAGAAAUGGUUUGGAACAAAGAAAGAAUUAGCAGCUGUCCGUACAGUUUGCUCCCACAUUGAAAAUAUGUUGAAAGGAGUGACUAAAGGAUAUCAGUACAAAAUGAGAGCUGUAUAUGCUCAUUUCCCUAUUAACUGUGUUAUAACUGAAAAUAAUACAGUUAUUGAAAUCCGUAAUUUCUUGGGUGAAAAGUACAUUCGUCGCGUAAAGAUGGCAUCUGGUGUGACUGUCAAAAAUUCAGCUAAACAAAAGGAUGAAUUAAUCAUAGAAGGCAAUUCCUUAGAAGACGUCUCUCGAUCUGCUGCUCUUAUACAGCAAUCGACGACAGUAAAGAACAAGGAUAUCAGAAAGUUCUUAGAUGGUCUAUACGUGUCAGAAAAAACAACAGUUGUACAAGAUGAUGAAUAA